AUGUUUAAUAUUCCAUCCAUUUGCGAAUAUUUCCUUUCAAAUGGUGCAUAUUUCAAUGAAAAAGAUAAUUAUGGGCAAACUGCUCUUCAUUAUGCACUAGAAUGUAAUAGAAAAGAAAUAUCUGAGGUUCUUAUCUCACAUGGUGCAAAUAUAAAAGAUAAAGAUAUAGAUGGAAAGACAGCCAUUCUUAUUGCAGCAGAAUAUUAUAGUUUAGAAACACUUGAAUUUCCAAAAAUCGAAUGA